GCCCUUCUGGUCUGGAGGCCAGAGGCCAGGUCGCUGUUAUUCACAGCACACUGAAGAUCUGGACAGAAGGGCCAGCUCGCAUGGUGGCCGGCUAUAAAGAUCAAAGGGAAUUUUAGCUCUAAGUUCCUCAGUGAUGGGGUUUUAGUCACAGCUCUGCCCCUGGGUGGUGUUGAGCAAGUCUCUGAUCCCUAAAACCCUGCUUUGUCUGCUGAAGACUUGGCAAGCUAAGAUCUGCUUCCUGUUGGCUCAGCCUCAUAACUCUGAGAGUGGAGUGUCACUUGAGGCAGAAAUGUCAUCAAGAGCUUGGGAAGAAAGGGCCUCCUUAUCCAGUAUGGACAGAAAAGUUGCAGUCCAUGAAGAUGGGUAUCCAGUGGUCUCUUGGGUCCCUGAGGAGGGAGAGAUGAUGGACCAGAAAGGCAAGGACCAGAUGAAGGAUCGAGGCCAAUGGACCAACAAGAUGGAGUUUGUGCUGUCAGUGGCUGGGGAGAUCAUUGGGCUAGGCAACGUCUGGAGGUUUCCCUAUCUCUGCUAUAAGAAUGGAGGUGGUGCUUUCUUCGUCCCCUACUUCAUCUUCUUCUUCAGCUGUGGCAUCCCGGUGUUCUUCCUGGAGGUGGCACUGGGCCAGUAUAGCAGCCAGGGGAGUGUUACUGCUUGGAGGAAGAUCUGUCCCCUCCUCCAAGGCAUUGGCAUGGCAUCUGUGGUCAUUGAGUCUUACUUGAACAUCUACUACAUCAUCAUCCUUGCCUGGGCUCUCUUCUACCUCUUCAGCUCCUUCACCUGGGAGCUUCCCUGGACAACUUGCACCAACUCCUGGAACACAGAGCACUGCGUGGACUAUCUGAACCACUCAGCAGCCAGAGCAGUGAGCCACUCGGAGAAUGUCACCUCACCUGUCAUGGAAUUCUGGGAGAGACGGGUUUUGGGCAUUACGUCCGGCAUCCAUGACCUGGGGUCCCUGCGCUGGGAGCUGGCCUUGUGCCUUCUGCUCGCCUGGAUUAUCUGCUACUUCUGCAUCUGGAAGGGGGUCAAGUCCACGGGCAAGGUUGUUUACUUCACAGCCACUUUCCCCUACCUCAUGUUGGUUAUUCUCUUGAUCCGGGGUGUCACCCUGCCUGGAGCCUACCAGGGCAUCGUCUUCUACCUGAAGCCAGACUUGCUCCGCCUCAAGGACCCCCAGGUGUGGAUGGAUGCGGGCACCCAGAUCUUCUUCUCCUUUGCCAUCUGCCAGGGCUGCCUGACGGCCCUGGGCAGCUACAACAAGUACCACAACAACUGCUAUAGGGACUCCAUCGCCCUCUGCUUCCUGAACAGUGCUACCAGCUUCGUGGCUGGGUUUGUCGUCUUCUCCAUCCUGGGCUUCAUGUCUCAAGAACAGGGGAUACCCAUUUCUGAAGUGGCUGAGUCAGGUCCCGGGCUGGCCUUCAUAGCCUUCCCCAAAGCCGUGACAAUGAUGCCUCUGUCCCAGCUGUGGUCCUGCCUUUUCUUCAUCAUGCUCCUCUUUCUAGGGCUGGAUAGCCAGUUCGUCUGUAUGGAGUGCCUGGUGACCGCCUCUAUGGACAUGUUCCCUCAGCAGCUCCGGAAGAGAGGCCGCAGGGAGCUGCUGAUCCUGGCUGUGGCUAUUGUUUGCUACUUGAUGGGGCUUCUUCUGGUCACUGAGGGCGGGAUGUAUAUCUUCCAGCUCUUUGACUACUAUGCCUCUAGCGGCAUAUGCCUGCUCUUCCUCUCCUUGUUCGAGGUGGUCUGCAUCGGCUGGGUGUAUGGGGCGGACCGUUUCUAUGACAACGUAGAGGACAUGAUUGGCUACCGGCCGUGGCCCUUGGUGAAGAUCUCCUGGCUCUUCCUGACCCCUGGCCUUUGCCUGGCCACCUUCAUCUUCUCCUUGAGCAAGUACACACCUCUCCAAUACAACAAUGUCUAUACGUACCCUUCUUGGGGAUACUCCAUUGGAUGGCUCUUGGCUUUCUCCUCCAUGGGCUGUGUCCCACUCUUCAUCAUCAUCACCCUCCUGAAGACCCAGGGUUCCUUCAAGAAGCGCCUUCAAAUACUCAUCACACCGGACCCGAGUCUGCCCCAGCCACAGCAGCGUCCACCUCGGGACGGCUCCCCUGCUCAAAACUGUUCUUCCUCUCCUGCCAAGCAAGAGCUCACUGCCUGGGAGAAGGAGACACACUUGUAGGAAGCGCCAGAGGCCAGGUGGUUCCAGAGCCAGGAACCUGGUCAAGGCUACUUCCACCCAGGGAUAACCUCUGCUCCGUCCUGCUGAGGCCUUCGAGGUCUCUGGAAAAGCCCUUCCGGGAGCCACUUUUCUGUGCAGCUGGAAUGGCUGGCCAACCUCUCAGUCCUUCCCAACCGUGCUCCAGGAAGCUGUGUUUGCCAUGUUCUUUGUACUCAAAACCCCGACUUCUUGGAUUAAGAAACCAAGAGCUGGACAGGCAGAGUGAUGCUCUGCAGAGCCCAAGAGCCUCCUCGGACUUUGCUGCUCUUUGCUGAGGCUCUUGGGCCUUCAGCCUCUCCCUUGCCUCCAUAACAAGCCUUUACAGAAUACCCGA